ACUUACCACGAUGAAAUCGCUCUUAUUACUUCUGUUUCUGGCAUUUGCCUCCGCCAGUGGAAAUCAGACCACGACUGUGGAUCAGCAUGAGCCCGACAACAUUAUAACCAAUGGCUAUCCAGCAUACGAGGGAAAAGCUCCCUAUAUUGUUAGCUUGCUAUUGAGAACUGACGGCAGCAAUACAGUUGGAAUUGGAGGUGGCACCAUUAUUGGUAACAAUUGGGUUCUAACGGCUGCUCAUUGCUUGACCACGGACUAUGUGGACAUUCAUUAUGGCUCUAACUGGAGAGGAAAUGGUCAAUACAGUCACCGAGUGAGGAAUAACAACUUCGUUCGCCACCAUCUCUGGCCCAAUACUAAUGGCAAUGACAUCGGCCUAAUACGCACUCCCCACGUCGAUUUCACAUCGAGGGUCAACAAGGUGAAUUUGCCCAGAUUCAACCAACGGAACGAGCGCUUUGAGAACUGGUGGACUGUUGCCUGCGGGUGGGGUGGACAGGCUAAUGGCCAACUUGCUGAUUGGCUUCAGUGCGUGGAUCUGCAGAUCAUGAGCAAUAACGAAUGCUCCCGAUCAUACGGCAAUCUACCCGAAGGCAUUCUGUGUGUGAGAGCCCCGGAUGGAAAAUCAACAUGCGGUGGCGACUCUGGUGGCCCAUUGGUUACCCACGAUAAUCCUAUCUUGGUGGGCGUUACAUCGUUCGGUUCUGCUGCAGGCUGUAUGGUCGGCCGUCCAGCUGGUUUCACCCGUGUGACUGUCCACUUGGAAUGGAUACGUCAAAACUCUGGAAUUGCAUACUACUAACUUCGUAACACAAAA